GCGCUGCCGAAAAGCGGCGUGUUCUAUCGGGCCCGCGCUGCUUCUGUUAGAGUGUACUUACUUCUGUUAAUAACGACAUACUUGCUCUUGUGGCGUCGCUGGUCAGUUUGUCAUAAUUAAAUGCCUUACGAUUUGCAAAAAGAGGAAGAUGUUAAAGAAUUCCUCGAAAACUUGGGCAUCGAGUACCGUUUCGAGUGCUUCAAGGAGAAAAAGCCGGACGGGUGCCAUCGGUUGGGUGACUACCUGGAGGCUAUUAAAAAGGACUUUGAGCGCGCCUGCAAGGUGUACAAAAGCAACUGCGACGACUACCAUUAUGGCAAGAGCUGUUUCAAAUACGCCAAUUAUAGGCUUGUCGGAAAGGGCAGUGUUGUGGACAAGGCUGAGGCUCAACGCUACUACCAGCUUGGUUGCGAGGUGGGCCACGCAAAAGCCUGCUUUGGCGUGGGCCUCGGCCUCACUAGCCCGGACAGCGGUAUGGAACAAGACGUGACCAAGGGACUGGCCUUCUUCUCCAAGGCGUGCGACAUGGGCUCAGCUGACGGCUGCUACUUCGCCAGUUCUCUCUACAUUACGGGAAGAGAGGGACUGCCUCGUGAUAUGCGGCGUGCCUACGAGUUCGCCAUGCGUGCCUGCGAUCUGAAGAACAUGCAGGCUUGCUCCAACGUUGCUCUGAUGUAUGCCAGGGGACAAGGGGUCAAGAAGGACGCCAGCCAGGCUGAGCGAUACCGUGCCAUUGUCAACGAUUACAACGAGCAACUGAAGCAAAACAGAGGAAUCGAGAUGGAGCAAGGCAUCAAAGACUGACCGCCUGUUGGACCCUGUUGUUGUGAGGGAGGGACACCAUGCACACAGAAUGACUGUAUACUGCUCCAUAGCUCAAACAUAGCUACGUGAAGCAUAGACAACGACGAUAUCAUGUGGUGUUCAGCAGUUUUUGCUGUGAAGGGAGCUUCGAAAGGCCAAACUAGUGGUCUGUUAUCACAUCACUGUUCUGUGUUGCCAUGCGUAGCCACAGACUCUAGUUAAUGCGUGUUAGAUAUCAAUUAGGACAAUAUUGAGGAAAAGAAAAUGCUUGAUCUCUGCGUGAUUGGAAUCGGUAUAACACGAUAGUGAACCAUGUCUACAGAAGAGUAUACUUGAUUUUUAUGAUACAAUGAUGUAUGAGUGCUUGCACGUUGUCUAUCGCUGUUUGGCAGCUAUAGGACCGCUUGAUAUGGAUGAUGCGUUCUCAGAAAUGCUUGCAUCACGUGACCAUUAGGUCGAAGCAUACGUCGACUGCCGCACCUAUAUCUCCAGGUGUGCAUGAGCCUUACGAAUAAUAGCACUAAGGAGAUACAGAAAGUGGAACUUCAAUGCCAAAUUAUCCUAUUGUGAUCACGUACAUGCCAUUAUUGCUGUGAACUUGGCUUUAAUGAGAGAGAAAAUUGCGAUAAACUAAAUGAUAUGUAAUAUCGCCGUCAAAUUAAGUGUGGGCAGGGGUAAGUAUCAAAAAUCGUAUACUGCACGCCCUCCAGUAACCAACAUUGAGAGGUGCGCAUCAGUCGUAUUUCGUAUCACUGCAUAUCUCCUCGGCCAUGACUGCACAACUGCAUUGCACAGGCACGCUUUACAGCACGCGUGUGCUGUACAGCACGCCUGUGGGGCACAGUUUGUCCUGUCCAGUCCUCCUCUGCGGCGCGCCUCAUUAACAUAUUGUAGUUUCGGGCACGUAAAUCUCCAGCAGUGAUUCACACUAUAGGUGCGUCAUGGCCUGCGCAACUGUAACUGCGCACACGUUUUCAGGCAUAUGAAAAGGAGUUUUUUUUCGAAUGAAGGCAGUUGCAAGCUGACGCUCUAUUCUGUCUCCAUUCUUUUUUUAGUCUAUGUGGCUUGCGUCCGUAAUAGUUUUUUCUAUGCUGAAGAUUUAGUUGCUUGUUCUUUGACUAAAGCAGUGCACCCAGAAUCUUUGCUGCAGUCCCAUUUUCUCUUUUGGAAAUGAAGCAAGGAAUCAUCAAAUGUUUUAUUAUUUCUUAUUAUGGAACCCAUUCUAUUAACAACAGAAGGGGAACCAGGGCUCUAUUUUAGUUAACUGUGGCACCAGAAAGGCAAUAUAUCUUGAAUUCAAGAGAAACAUCAAGGAAGCUAUUUAUAGUAUAAUUUAGCAUAUUAAAUACACACUAUAUUAUUACAGUCUGUCGAGCAUUGACAGAACCAGCACAAAGCUGGUGUUGCCAACUCGUCGUUUUUUUUUUUUUUUGUUUUCUACAUGAGCAAUGUUUCAUGCUUCGGAAAGCAGUGGCAUUUUCGGUCGUUACAAUAGGCAGAUUUAGGAUAAUGUGCGCAAAGCUUUGAGUUAGCGCUGCUCGCCACUGCGUAUGCAUUGUACCAUAACCUCUAGUGGGUUCCCGUUGAGUGACCGAAAUAGCGGGAGAUGGCAAGGACCGCAAAGAGAACACUAUUCUAAAUCUUCCUACUUCUCUUCAGAAAUAGAGCCAUCCUGAAGAAUUGCAGACAGAGAACCACAGUACAGAGAUAGUAAGAGUUUAGAAGUUCCAUAUGUGCAAUCUUAUGCCUUGACAUUGUUCAAUUAUACAUUACAAGAAAGCUCAAGUGGCUUGAUGACCGGGCCUAUAGCUCAAGGAGCCACAAAACUCAGCUGGAAUCAAAUCAAAUCAAAUUUUUUUUCCACCAUGUAGAGUAUACAGAUGGAGGACAACUGAAAAAAAACUGCAGAGAAGCGGCACUAGUCCGUAGCCGAAAGUAAUCUAUAGCAUGUGGGCAACAGCAAAAAAAAAAAGCGCACAAACGAAACGUGAAAACGUAUAAAAACUCAAUGAAGACCGUACAACGCUAAAAAGCUUCGAGACAUCUAGAUGGUGGAUUUCAAGCUGCUAGCAGCUGUGGUGUGAUAAUGCGCUCUCUGGCGACCUUCUUGAAGGCUUAGCAGCUUGGGAAACUGCCGUCGACUCACUCACAUAAGCGUGGCAAGGAUGUAUUAAA